UCUAAGAGGAAAAAAGGGUUCGCCUCCACAGCUCCCACUCUCCCAAAACCCCACCCCGCCGAUUGCUCCCGCUGCCUCACCGCCGCGCUAGGCUCGCCGGCUUCCGGGCCACCGCCGAUCGCUCCACUCCCAGCGCAGAGUAAAUAAAAACAGAGGGAGUAUCUACCUUUGGUUGCUAUUCCAUCUUUCAUGUGUUCAUCAUGCAACUCGUCCUACUUAACACUGCCUUCAGGAAGGCCUAGGACUUGGUUAACCAGAAUAUGGCAUAGAUGUUGGUCACAAGUUUAGGCCAGUAACAAAGGGUGCAAGCGUUAUGUGCUGCAAAUUCUCUUUGCAUAUUGUUGUUGCAUAAAGAGAUCAGAAGAUAAUUUGAUGGAGUGCAACAGAGAAGAGGCGUUGAGGGCCAGAGAAAUAGCUGCAAAAAUGCUGGAAAGCAAAGACUUUCUUGGGGCUAGAAGGAUUGCACUUAAAGCUCAAAGGCUUUUUCCAGGGUUUGAGAACAUACACCAGCUGUUAACUGUCUGUGAAGUGCAAUGUGCAGCAGUUGCAAAAAUUAAUGAAGACUUAGAUUGGUAUGGUAUUCUCCAGGUGGAGGCAACAGCAGAUGAGACAGUCAUAACAAAGCAAUAUGAGAAACUUGCCUUUUGGCUCCAUCCUGAUAAAAACACACUCUCUGGUGCUGAAGUUGCUCUGAAGUUGGUCUCAGAAGCUCGCAAGAUACUGUGUGAUCGCACGGAGCGGUCUUUGUAUGACGUCAGAAGGCAGUAUGCUUCCAAACAUGUGACAAGCAAAGCUACACAGCUACCAAAUAAGACUGGUGGAAAUGAAAGUCAUGUGGAUGGAUGCAAACAACCACCUGCUUUUGUACUGGUGUUCUGGACUAUAUGCCCGCAUUGUCGGAGGCGAUUCGUGUACUACAAAAAGAACUUUUUGGUCACCUGUGACCACUGUGGUAAAUUGUUCUUUGCAUUCAAGCUGCAUGAACAGACAAUGCCCUCGAGUUUCCUAUCUCAUUCAGCAAAUAAUGCUGAAGUUUCACCUGGGAAGAUUUCAUGUCAACAACAUGGCGUCACCAAUCAACAGGCCCAGACAGGGGGGAACAUUUACUCUGAACCUACCAUGAAUGCUACUCAAAUUGAUGAACAUAGAGAAAGGAUUGACAGGGCAAGCGGUGAUGAGGAAGGUAACUGUUCAGAGACAAGAAGCGAUGUAGUUCAGCUUUCAGCAAUGAACCAAGCUAAAUCUUCUGCGCCUGCUGCAGGCAAGGAAUCAGUUAGCAAUUUGACAUCAGCUCAUCCUGAUCCGAACUUCAUUUCCGCACAGAACUUUAGAAGUGAAGAUGCAUCUCUAGUGCCAAAUAUUGCAAGGUCCUCCAGCCUUCAGAAAUUAGGUAAGAGAAAGCAAGAUGAUGGCCCAGACUGCAGCCACGGCACAGACUCCUCUAAUUAUAAGAUGCAAAGGAACCAUGACUCACCAUCUAGUGCUUCUGAGCAAAUGUUUAAUGACAAUGCUGCUGUUGCUGAGAAUCAGUCUGCUGAGCAUCAUGCCUUAAGUAGAGUGGAUAGCCAAGGUGGAGUAACUGCAAGUCGUGAAGCCAAUCAGCAAAGUUACAAGGAAGCAAGUGGUAGUGCUCCUCAGAAGCUUGGCAGUCCUGUGAUUACCUAUCAUCAUCCUGACUUUUUUGACUUUGGCAAGAUCAGAGAUAUAAACCUGAUUGCAGUUGAUCAAAUCUGGGCCCUUUAUGAUAACCUUGAUGGCAUGCCAAGAGAUUAUGCUCAGGUAAAGCACAUUGAUACUUCUGACUUAAGAGUUCAGCUGACAUGGCUGGAGUACAAUCCAAGGAAUGAGCAAGAAGCCAAUUGGAAUAAUAAGGAAUUGCCUGUAUCUUGCGGAAGCUUCUGCUUAGGAGGAGAAACAACAACCCUAUUACAAGAUCCAUCCACAUACCUGUCUCACAGAGUUCCAUUGACAAGAGGCAAAAAUGGGAACUCCUACCAAAUAAAUCCUAAUAAGGGUGAGGUAUGGGCUCUUUAUAAAAGAUGGAGCAUGCAAUGGAGCUCCGAUGCAGAUAAAUGUCGAUCCUAUGGAUAUGAUGUCGUGGAAGUUAUCUCUGAUGGCUCAACGAAUGGCGAUGUCAUUGUUUCGCCGCUAAUGAGGAUUGAAGGCUUUGUUAGUCUUUUUGCACACGCUAAGGACAAACGCUACUUUUCGAUACCAUCAAGUGAGCUACUGAGAUUUUCGCACUGUAUCCCCUUUUAUAGAACACAUGGAAAUGAAAGGGUGGGCGUUGCAGAAGGACUUCUGGAACUGGAUACAGCAGCUCUUCCAAGUGACCUGGAAACAGCAUUUCCUUCCAUUACUCUCGACUCCUACAUGUCUUCGGAACUCAUUUCUUAUCCAUAUCCAGAAUCUGAAUUCCACAACUUCGAAGAAGACCGGUCAUGUGAGAAGUUUGAAAGUGGCCAAAUUUGGGCUAUCUACAAUGACACUGAUACAUUCCCGAAUGUGUAUGGUUGGGUGAGCAAAGUUGAGAUACAACCGUUUGAAGUGCAUUUGACCUGGCUCCAGGCCUGCCCUCAACAGGCGCAGGGGAAGCUGUGGUUGGGGCAGAAUGUACCUGUGAGCUGUGGCAAAUUUAAAAUACGAAGCUGGCAAGCCAAGUAUGGUAGAAACCACCCCUUCUCUCAUUUGGUAGAAAAUAGCCAAAUCGAUAUGAACUGGCAGGUUAAAAUUCUUCCAAAAGUCGGUGAAGUUUGGGCCAUCUACAAGAACUGGUCACCUGAUUGGGUUCCUUCCAGCAACAAGCACACUACUGAUUAUGCUAUCGGGGAGAUCGUCGAGUGCAGUAAACGAAGCACAUUAUUUUCUUUUCUGACUAAAGUUGAUGGCUAUGUCGCUGUGUUCAAGCCUGACCUUACCAAGGGAGUACUGAAAAUACCUAGGAAAGAGAACCUGAGGUUUUCUCACCGAAUUCCAUCAUUCCGUCUCACAAAGGAGGAAGGCGGCAAGCUCCGGGACUUCUACGAGCUCGACCCAGCUUCUGUCCCUGGCGAUUUUCUAUAGAAGAGCGCCCCCUUGAAUUGACACUUGCCUUUACCGAGGGCAGCAAGAGGGAAUUAACCUAAGGAUAUAACUAUACAGUGUUUUGUGUUUUGUGCCUGAACCUAGGGCGCAGUAUAUGCUGGCUAAAUGUGACCAUGCAUGCUAAGUUUCUUUCGGGGUCUCUUAAUUUAGUCAGUACUGUUGGCAGUCAUUGUUGAACUGAAAGUAACUCACAGUGAAGCAAGUGGUGUUUGUUGGAUGCUAUGAAGCUGUUGGGCCAUGGAUUGAUGCAUGCAUGCCCCAUAUUGUUGUUGUUUGCUUCAUAAUAUUCCUGGUUACGUAUUUGUGUCA